AACAAGAAGCGGACUUCAAAUCGCGGACCAAAACAAUAACCUGUUUCACUAGUUCAGACAAGGUGCUCGAUGAAAUGCAUAUGUGAAAAUUUGAUGAUUAUUUUCAUAGCUUCCAGUUUGAGAGAGCAGCAUUUGAUUUGCUUAGAUGAUGCCUAUCCAAUGUUCGCCUGAUAAGUUAUAAAAAAAAAAUAAAAAAUUCAAGUUCAGUUCAUAUCUAACAGGCCAGCCAUUAUAGAGGUCUCAAGCUCCCUGGAAACCUCGGUUUAAGACUAAAACUGCUUGCUUUUUUUAUUUCACUUUGGCGAGAACUUCAUCAACCAUAAGUUGUGAUUACGUCAAUCAACGUACAAUGGCCCUUUCAUCUUCCUUCAAAGACAGACUCAAACAGAUGGAAGCUACCAGAAACCAACGCCUCUCUCUUCUCCAGACAGAGAAAGAAGUUCAGAAUAAAAAAUCAGAAACCCUAGCUUCAAAGCUUUCAGAAAUCAGAUACAUCGAACAAAAGUGUUUAAAACUUGAACAAAAAAUCGCCUCACAACAAUUCAUCAUUUCUUCAAUCAAAUCUCAACUUGAUCGCAUUGAUUCAAUCUAUCUCACUCAAAUCCACCAAUUCAGGGUUUUAAAAAGUGAAGUGGAAGAUCUGGAAGAGUUAGAUAAGGAAAAGGAUAAGUAUUACGCGUUGAAAGCUCAUGAUAUUGAUGAAUUUAGGGCUCAAGCUGAGAAGUUUGAGACUGAAUGUGAAAAACGUGUGGGAGCGUUGAGGAAUUGUUUGAAUGAGUUAAACUUCAGUUUCGUCCAGCUUCAGAAGAAUGCCGGGUGUUCAGAGAAUGAUGAGUUAAUUGCGGCUGAAAUGAGAAAGUUUGAACUUCAAGCUGUGAAAGAGAAUUUAGAUAGAAAGCUGGCUUCUAAUUACGAGACAAAGGCACAGUUGCAAAAACAACUAAGGCGUAUUCUGAUUUCGCAGAAUAAGAGGAGGGAACCACAUCAUGUUGGUUAAAAGAUAGGAUAGUUUUACAGCACUAGAAUUAGAAGCAGAAUUGACAGAAUGUUAAAGAAGCAUAUAAAUGUAGGUAAAUAUAGUGGGUCAAUAGUCUUACAACCGUAUCCUUAUCCGUCAGCUUCUAUAACAUCAAAUCUUGACUCUUA